UAGAUGGAUGGAUGGAUGGAUGGAUGGCUAGUCAGUGCUGGCUUCAUGCCAUAUCUGCUAGUGAUUCUCUAUUACCUUUUUGCCUUGGCUGCCAACUGUUACUCUGUAAGUUGUUGAGCAUUUUUGCCUUUUUGCCACUCGUUUGCUACGUUGUCUUUUGUUUGUACUUUCUUAGCUUCCCGGUGACCUUUUGUUGUACUUUGUUUUCCCUCAUCCAUGAGCUCCUUUUGUUUGCAUUAAAGCUCCUUUUUUGAUACCAAUUUCCCUCGUCUCUGUGUUGGGGUCCAAAACUCCUGGUAUCCGUACCAGCACACGUACUGUAACAGUAGGCCAAUAUUUUUGUGUGUUGGUUUACAUAGCAAACAUUUUUUUGUCGUACAUUUGUAAAUGUUUUUUUUUUUAGUGUGGUCCUAAUGAUUCUUCAUUAUGUUCUGACGGAUGCGGUGUUAAGUUUUGUUUUUAAUAUGCCAACAAUAUGACCAGCAAAAAACCUUAAAUGACCCCCUGGCUGGUUUGUAAGCAAGGACUACUCAAGUACAUUUUUCAGUAUGGGGAUUUAAAUCCCAUGUCGCUGUCUAUGGUUCUGAAUUUGGCUCCUUGAACCAGUUUUCACGCAGCCUGGAUGUGCAACAAAAACUGCCAUGCGCCUGUGGUGACGCAUCAUUGUUAUGAGGAGGAUGAGGACGAGGAGGAAGAGGAGGGGCGAGAGGGAAUCCCAGGAAGGAAGGAGUCACACAAAUAUCGCGUUGUUGCUCCCGUGCAAGCGUCCACACUUUUAUUGGAGGUGAAGAUGACUGAAGACUGAGUUGCAACUUUGUGUUUUUGCCGCCAAGGGGGUGUGUGUUGAUCCCCACCGAGGAGCUCCGGAGUGAAGAAGCGGCUCUCAGCUGCUUCUCUACCGGGCGUCACACAGGCCGAGCUCGGCUUUGGGAGGCGCUGCUCUCGCGUGGAAAGAAGCUCGCGUCUCUUCUGGUGCUUGUUGUGACACAGCAGGACAAGUCAGGACCGGGUUAGUGUGCUCACAUUGUGAUCGCACACUGAAGAUUCGGGCCCAUGGUGGCUCCACAAGAACUGCUUCUAUAGGUGGGUAACCUCUGGCGGGAUGUCAAGGAGAACAGAGAAGAAAUUCUCUUGUGUGGCGAUUUAGAGACAUUCAUGUAGACCACACACACACACAAACAUACACACACGGACACACACAAUGGGACCGAUGGACAUUUGUGUCUCUUCGACGUGACACCGGACCCCUCGGCUUGGGACUGCGGUCCUGCUCGGUCCAAACAGAAUACAGCAGAGGAGGCUCAGCUGAUUGUUUGAUCGCCAUUCAUUCGGACAUGGAUGACUCGGGGAUAAUACGGCGCCGGAGACUGCAGAAGGAUUUGCCACUGCCUCGCAAGAGCAGCAGUUGUCGCACAAGCAACAGGAAAAGUCUGAUCCUGACCACCACUUCCCCCACUCUGCCUCGCCCACACUCCCCUCUGCCGCUCCCAGGACACCUUGGGAGCAGUCCACUGGACAGCCCGAGAAACUUCUCCCCCAGCAACCCGGCUCACUUCUCCUUUGCCUGCUCCCGAAGAGCGGAUGGACGACGGUGGUCUUUAGCGUCUUUGCCCUCUUCUGGAUAUGGCACAAACACUCCCAGCUCAACAUCGUCCAGUUCCUCCCAGGAGCGUCUGCAUCAGCUGCCCUUUCAGCCCACCAUGGAUGAGCUCCACUUUUUAUCCAAGCACUUUGGCAGCACGGAGAGCAUCACAGAUGAUGACGGCGGACGCUCCUCUCCGCACAUGCGUCCGCGCUCACGCAGUCUCAGCCCUGGACGCUCCUCCUCAUGCUAUGAUAAUGAGAUAGUCAUGAUGAACCAUGUGUACAAGGAGCGCUUUCCCAAGGCCACGGCGCAGAUGGAGGGGAGGCUUGCAGAGUUCAUCCAGGCUUACUCUCCUGAAAAUGUUCUUCCGCUGGCUGACGGGGUUCUCAGCUUCAUCCAUCACCAGAUCGCUGAGCUCUCCAGAGACUGCCUGGCCAAAUCAUGCGAGGGACUCAUCACGUCUGUCUACUUCUUCGAGCUGCAGGAAAACCUGGAGAAGCUCCUUCACGAUGCUUUUGAGCGCUCAGAGAGCUCUGAAGUUGCGUUUGUCACCGAGUUGGUGAAGAAGCUUCUCAUCAUCAUCUCCCGACCUGCCAGGCUGCUGGAGUGUCUGGAGUUCAACCCUGAGGAGUUCUACCAUCUGUUGGAGGCAGCGGAGGAUGUUGCUAAGGAGGGUCACCUGAUGAAAACCGACAUCCCUCGUUACAUUGUCAGCCAGCUGGGACUCACCAGAGACCCCAUUGAAGAGAUCGUGAACCUGGAUAGUUAUGACAGUGAAGGACCUCUAACGCCUGAAACAGAUGACUCAACGGAGGGUAAGAUUAGAGCGAUGAAACCUCCAGGUGAAGCAGACUUCCAGACCAUCAAGCUGAUUAGCAAUGGAGCGUAUGGUGCUGUUUAUCUGGUCCGGCACCUGGAGACACGGCAGCGUUUUGCCAUGAAGAAGAUUAACAAGCAAAACCUGAUCCUUAGGAACCAGAUUCAGCAGGCCUUUGUGGAGAGAGACAUCCUCACUUUUGCAGAGAACCCCUUUGUCGUUUCCAUGUUCUGCUCCUUCGAGACCCGUCGGCACCUGUGCAUGGUCAUGGAGUACGUCGAAGGAGGAGACUGUGCCACUUUGCUAAAGAACAUCGGGGCUCUGCCGGUGGAAAUGGCGCGGAUGUAUUUUGCAGAAACUGUCCUUGCACUGGAGUACUUACACAACUACGGCAUUGUCCACCGCGAUCUCAAACCUGACAACCUUCUGAUAACGUCAAUGGGCCACAUCAAACUAACGGAUUUCGGCCUGUCCAAAAUGGGUCUGAUGAGUCUGACCACCAACCUGUAUGAAGGACACAUAGAGAAGGACACUCGUGAGUUCUUAGAUAAACAGGUGUGCGGAACUCCAGAAUAUAUUGCUCCUGAGGUCAUUCUUCGUCAAGGUUAUGGAAAGCCAGUGGACUGGUGGGCGAUGGGUAUCAUCUUGUAUGAGUUCUUGGUGGGAUGUGUGCCAUUCUUUGGAGACACUCCAGAGGAGCUGUUCGGGCAGGUCAUAACAGAUGACAUCGUGUGGCCCGAAGGAGAUGAGGCUCUCCCUGUUGAUGCCCAGCAUCUCAUCUCCUCUCUUUUACAGACAAAUCCACUUGUUCGGCUGGGAACAGGUGGUGCUUUUGAAGUGAAGCAGCACUCCUUCUUCACAGAGGUGGACUGGAACAGCUUGCUGAGACAAAAGGCCGAGUUCAUCCCUCACCUGGAGUCGGAGGAGGACACCAGUUAUUUUGACACACGGUCUGAGCGUUAUCAUCAUGUGCAUUCAUAUGAUGAGGAUGACACCAACGACGAUGAGCCUGUGGAGUUACAUCGCUUUUCAUCGUGUUCGCCACGCUUUAGCAAGGUGUACAGCAGUAUGGAGCAUCUGUCCCAGCUGGAGCAUAAACCCCCCAGUGUUACUCUACGGGAGCACAAAGUUCCAAGAGAGGACAGGAUGGCCAAAAGAGAAAGCUUGGGUAGUUUUACUCUCAGAGACAAGAGCUGGAGGACCGGCUCGCCUGAAAUGAAGCGCUUGUCUUGCUCUGAGACGUCGUUCGCAGAGAGCGAUUACAGUCCUCCCUCUGGGGCACGAAGACGUUUCUCUGCCCUCAUGGACACGCACCGCUUGGCUUCACCUCUAGAGGUGGACUCUGAGCAGUCUAUAUCUAGGGGCCAGCCCCAAGUGAAGGUGAGGGGCACCUCCUUGGAGGGAGCCAUGGGUGCCAUCUCCUCUCAAAGUGAUCUGAAAACAUUCCUUAAAGACAGCAAUGGGUUCACAGCCGGAGCCAGUGCGACAGUUCUGGGGCUUCCAGAGCUCCAAGGGCCCCGGGGGGCCACGACAGACCUGGUGCUGAGGAGAGUUCGCCACCAGCAACUCUCAGCUGAGGGAGAAAAACGGGCCUCACGACCAGGAAACAAAGUUAUCAAAUCUGCUUCUGCUACUGCUUUAUCUGUCAUUAUUCCUGCAGAGCAACAUGGUGCUUCUCCUCUAGCGAGCCCCAUGUCUCCUCGAUCCCUCUCGUCCAACCCCUCCUCUCGAGACUCUUCUCCCAGUCGAGACUACUGUCCAGUGGUGAACGUCCUGCAUUCCCCAAUCACCAUUCACCGCUCUGGGAAGAAGUACGGCUUUACUCUCCGGGCUAUAAGAGUCUACAUAGGAGACAGUGAUGUCUACAGUGUACAUCAUAUGGUCUGGCAUGUGGAGGAUGGAGGCCCUGCCCAGGAGUCUGGACUGAGUGCUGGUGAUCUUAUUACUCAUGUAAAUGGAGAAUCAGUGCAUGGUCUGGUCCAUACAGAGGUGGUGGAACUCAUCCUGAAGAGUGGAAACAAGGUCACCGUUACGACGACUCCCUUUGAGAACACCUCUAUAAAAGUCGGACCUGCACGCAAGACCAGCUAUAAAUGUAAAAUGGCUCGGCGCAGCAAGAGACCAGGAGCAAAAGAGGGGCAAGAUAAGAAGCGCAGCUCCCUGUUCAGGAAAAUCACCAAGCAGUCCAAUUUGCUGCACACCAGUCGGAGCCUCUCCUCCUUAAAUCGCUCGCUAUCAUCUGGAGACAGUCUACCAGGAUCCCCCACCCAUAGCUUCUGUGCCCACUCACCCACACAGAGUUACCGUUCAACUCUGGAAUCCCCAUACUUGGGCACUUCCUCCCAGAGCAGCUCCCCAGCAUCGAGCACCCCCAACUCCCCGGCCACAUCCCACCACAUGAGGCCCAGCUCGCUGCACGGCUUGUCUCCUAAGCUACACCGCCAGUACCGCUCUGCUCGCUGCAAAUCUGCCGGCAACAUCCCCUUGUCACCUUUAGCCCACACCCCCUCCCCCACUACCUCUUCCCCGCCGCCUCUGAGUGGCCACACGGUCGGCAGCUCCAACACCACACAGACAUUUCCCGUCAAGCUGCACUCGUCGCCUCCGGUUGCCCGUCCUCGUCCCAAGAGUGCCGAGCCGCCCAGGUCCCCCCUGCUGCAGCGUGUGCAGUCCGCAGAGAAGCUUGGCGCGCCUGUUCUUCCCUCCUCCUCCUCAUCGUCCUCAUCACCCUCUCCUCUGACGGGUGGGGUGUGCCUGCGCAAACACAGCCUGGAGGUGACGCAUGGGGACUACAGAAGAGAAUCUUUCCACUGUGAGCAUAGCCUACAAAGUCUACUUGAGAUGGAGGGGGAGAAUGGACCUGCUCCACCAUCUCCUUCGUCCUCGUCCUCCCCUUCACCUCCGCUGGGAGGGGAGACGAGUGCUUUGAAGCCCGUUAGAAGGCUGGGAAGGCAGGAAUCACCACUCAGCCGUGACACAAUAGUACCAGUAACAGAGAAAGACACACAAACCACAGCAUCUGAUCUCACUGGGUCCACUACUGAGACUAAAACGCCAAGUAAAACAGCGUCUCUGGUUCUACAGAGUACUGCAGCCGCAAAAGGGACUCCAGAUGUAUCCGUCUCCACCACCGAGACCAAGCCCAAACAUGGCGUUAAACCUCUAAUUGCAACCACUCCAACAUCUGAGGCUUCUGUCUCUAAGAGUAAGCCUUGUGAGAAGGUCUCUACUACAAAGAGUGUGCAGCUACAUGACAGGAAGCAGCAGGAAAACGCUUCUUCAAGUAAAGCUGAGGACAAAUCCAAAUACAUAGCAGCUACGAGAUCAACAACAGAGCCAUCCAAACCUCGUAAAGGCACAGAGGCAGUUGAGAAAGGAGGCGGCGAUAAGAAAGCCGAGACGGCAAAAGUUAAAGGUCCUGCUCCACCAAUUCCAACCCCAGUUGAAAUACAUACAGCAACAAAUGCACCAGUUGCCAGCUCUAAAAUAGAGAGGCUGUCAAAGAGCUACCGCGGAGUGAAGGAGGAGAGGGCGCACCUGGAGGUCCUGGAAGAAAACCCCAUGUCCCCCUCCUCCAAUGCAUCUUCACCUUGUUCGAGCAAGCCACGCACCAUGUCCCCCGGAGAGAGAGCCAGCUUUGUCACCCAGCUCACAAGCGUUGCCAAAACGGUGCUUGGGCCGAUGAAAGCGGGGUCGCAAGACGGUUCCAAGCUCAAAGACACCUAUAAGUCAAGUGAGGAGAAACGAGGGAGCUCGGCGGGAAAAGCGGAGGCCUCAAGCGGGGCCGGACGCCGCGCCGCUCAAACAACGUCCUCUGGGAGUGCUCUCCAGUUGGAUAAAGGAAACAACCGGAGCUCAAAGCAUCAUUCGUGAUGCAGAAGCGUCUCCUUUUACUGUCGCGCUGACGCAACAUAUCACAACUUGACACCUUUUGAAUCAAGUUGAAACAUACAAGAGAAACCAUCUGCAUAUGAAGCUUUGAAACAAAAUAAGAUAAGAUGCUUCACCUGCUGUGAGAAAAUGUGUGCACACUGUAAGUACAUUAUAGGCCUGUGUAUGUUUUUGUCACAACGUGCUGUAGAUAUACGGGUGGUCCUCGGUUUAUGUUUGACGUCCUGGUUACGAACGCCUCCCAUAAAUUAAUUUAAAACAUAAUUUUAAUUCGUAAACACAAGACUCGCUCGAGAACUGGUUAUACACGAGUAGAAUAUGUGGCAGGCGCAGCACAAGAAUGCAGUGUGUGAAGAAUACAGUGCAUGCCUGCGCAGCCACACUGAGUACGAAUAGAAUUGUUUGUUAAUUACGUUUUUGGACUCUCAUUAUGUCUCCCAAGCGGUAGUGCGCCAAAGAAAAGGAAAGGCAUCACAAUAGACUCUGAGAGAGGAGACACACCCUCCAAUAUUGGCUACUCCUUUGGUCCCAACUGUGUGACCAACAUUAAGGAUAAAGAUUAUUGAAUGCUAAUGAGUGCUAGAGGGGUCAUGGAUUCCAUGCGCUGUUACCUGGAGAUCUUGGAGGUGAAGAAGAGGUUAUCCUUCCAGACUAGCCUGGGACAAUGUUUUAAGAAGGUUGAAAGACCUGCAAGACAACCACAGUGAUACAAGUAUGGAGCUGAUCUCUUUUAUUAUUAUAAUUUUUUAUUUAAUUAAUGUAUUUUAUCUUUUUAGUUACUGUAUUUUAUGUGUUGUGUGUACAUUGUGAGUGACCUAGGAGUUAAUUUAGGUACACGUUCAUGUUAAAUCACAGUCUAGGAACGGAACUCGUUCGUAACUCGAAGACCACCCGUAUAAAAUAAAACAUAAUGCAUGUCGUACAUGGAAAAUGGAAGCUAUUUAAAGAGCAGAUUAAAAAAAACAGACCUUAAGGUAGUAAACACUGUGAACAACUUUGCAACCCACCACAGCAGACAAACUGUUAAGAUUUUGUCCUACCCUCAAUUUCGAUGUGAAUGUCAGUUGGUGAUGUAGACACAAAACCCAUGUUGAGUUUCAUUUCAGUUCAGUUAGGAUAUAGUAUAGUGAUGUAUCAUAACAUAAAAGAUUAAAAAAUGCUAGCAUACUAAAACCCCUGGACCAAGAUACCUAAAUACUUAACAAAGGAAAGAAAGGCGGUGUUUCAGAUUGGUGAAAAGGGCUGUAUUCCAGUGGGACAAAGUACCAUUAGAUGAACUUGCACAGGGACACUAUGCAAUGUGCUAAGGAUGCGACUUUAAGUUGACAUUGUGCUGUUGACCAGUAGAGAUGGAAGAAGAGACGUAGCUGCAAUAAGCAAAGCAAAUCUCUACUUUGCUUUCCGAGUUGUCCCUUUUGAUCAUAUUGACAUGUGCAAUUUGCUGUUGUAUGUGAAUUCAUCGUGCGUUGAAAUGUUGAGGAGGACACUAAAUGAUCAUGAACUAGCACUUAACAAGUUGGUUGAAUUUGUUUUUCUACUCAGGCAGACACACCCUGCUCACUAAAAGUUUGGGAUAUUUGGCUUUCGGGAUGGAUGGAAAAUGCACUGUAACCUUUACAAGUGAACUUAAUUUGUCCUUACCUAAGCCAAUUUUAAUUUUAACAGAGUGAGCUUUUUUGUAGGAGCCAUGACGCCACUCCUAACAACUUUAAUUCACAAGAGGAAGGCAGCCAUGGCGAGGGGCAAUGUUUACACCAACUGUGAGCUACAGAAUCUAAAAUAAGUUAUUUUUAAGUGUAUGGAUACAAUAAACACGUUUAAAUAACGUCAGAAUACACUUUUAAUAUGCGACAUGACGCCUGGACACGUCCCGGUGUGUAGAAAUUUCUCAAACAGCCCCAUUUUAACACUAAAAAUUUAUUUUUGCAUUUGCAAAGAAUUAAAAUUUACUGAAAACCAUAUACGUGUGUAUUUAGUUAGUCAGUGGCUGACGCAGCAGCUACAGUCUCCAAGCUAGACACAAUUACUGGCCUAAUUAAGCAACACUGCUACAACAUCUCCUUCCACGUAGAUAGCAUAUAAUUAUAAUCGCACAUUACUUACAGACACAUAGUUUCCCAGGCAGAAGCGUAUUAGAAAGUAUUCCUGCUAUGCUCUGUGUCAUUUAAUUUGUCAGCGUCAAUGAAUUAUUGCGGCCUCCACCCACCAUCCCACUUUUAACUUAAACGCAGCACAUCUUACUGACUAUUCUGUAAGUAUGAAAAAAAGUGUAACUUAUAGUCCACAAAAUAUGGUAGUUUAAGUCGACUACAUUUCACAUUUUAGUCAACUAAAAUGACAGUAAAUUUAGUCAAGUAUAAAGCAUCUUUAAUGUUUUCUCGAAAGCACCUUUAGAGGCUUCUCUCGAUAAUAAAAUUCACACCAAUGAAUAUAUCAAUGAGUCAAUACUCAGUCAAUACGUGCUGUCCAAAGUUUACAGAAGGUCAAUUUAAGUUGUAAAAGUUACACUGCGUUCUAGGUUCAUCCUGAAAUCCCAAAUAAAAGCCUACUAGCCCUAACUUUUUUUUUUUUUUUUAGUAGUGUAUGAUGCUUUUUAUAAU